AUGCCCAAGCUCGUCUACGGCACGGCCUGGAAGAAGGACGCGACAGCCAACCUGGUGUACACGGCUCUCAAGACGGGCUUCCGCGGCAUCGACACAGCCGCGCAGCCGAAGCACUACAAUGAGCAAGGCGUUGCGGCGGGCUUCAAAAAGGCUGUCUCAGAAGGCUUCGUGAAGCGUGCCGAUAUUUUUAUUCAAACCAAAUUCACGCCGCCAAGCGGCCAAAACGAAAAUGCACCGUAUGAAUUCAGCGCGUCUGUGGCAGACAAGGUUCAUCAGUCAGUCCAGUCGUCGCUCAAGAACUUUACCAUAGACGGCCAAGAUGCCUAUCUUGACAGCGUAGUGCUGCACUCCCCGCUCGACACGCUGGACGAUACCAUAGCGGCUUGGAAGACGCUGGAAGGCUAUCAUCCGCACCAGAUCCGUAAUUUGGGCAUCUCCAACGCCACGCUCGGCAUCGUCGAGGCACUGCAUAGUCGCGUUACUGUCAAGCCUGCCGUCGUUCAGAACCGAUUCUACCCGGACACCGAGUACGAGGCUGGGCUGCGCGCGUUUUGCAAGGAGCACGAUAUCAAGUUCCAGUCAUUCUGGACCAUCGGAGCGAACCCGCACCUAGUCAAAAGCCAGCCAGUCGUGGACGUUAUGCAGGGCGCUGGCGUUGAUGCUGUGUCUGCGUAUUAUGCGCUGGUCAUUGGCCUGGAAGGAAUCACGAUUCUGGAUGGAACCACAAAGGAGGCGCACAUGAAGGAAGAUUUAGAGGGCCUUGAGCGCGUUGGUAUAUGGGCUGAAGGCGAUGGUGAGGCGACGUGGAAGAAGGCUCUCGGUAGCUUCAAGCAAAUUAUCGAGUCUUGA